UCAGAGUAGGCAUGCCUGAGUUAACAGCAUCUGUCAGCACAGUGCUGGUUAACAUCUCAAUUUACAGCAUUGGGCACACCCCCCACCCAACCACCCCACAGUCUGAAGCACCUGCCUCAUCACCUGACCUGUCACUCAGGUGAGGCAGUGUGUAUCUGCUACUACAUGCAUGUAGACCCAUACAUGCCCACACACACACUCACACACACACACACACCACAUACGCCACUCCACACCACACACCGCUCCACCCACAGCCUUCACAUUGCUUUGGACACUAUGUACAGCACUGUACCUCCACAUAAUAGAGUAUAACAUUAUUCUGUAUAUGUAAUUAUCCAAAUUAUAUAUCAUAAUUGUGUUCUACCCCCCACAUGAGUUUUCCUGGUGUUGCUGCGCCCUUCAGAGGAAGGAAGAUCAAGAUGAACUACUCUCCUUUCUUCCCUGGGGGUGGAAGUUCCCUUGGGUCCCUCCAGCCAUGCUCCCUGUGUAUGGACUCUCCCCUCUCCCUGAUUUCCAGCCUCAUCUCCACUCCUUCUGCUGCCGAGGAAACAGCCCCGAUAUGUGGAUUCCGGGUUCAUCUGAGUCCCAGGCUUUAAGCGAGGCUCGGAAAGACAGGCCGUACCUGCGGCACCGCCACCACAUUGCCGUGUGCAAGCAGGAGUCGCUGGCUUUCUUUGACCUGCCUCAGUCUGAUGUCAAUGGCCUGGGCUUCCCUUCCCUGGACAGACAGUGUUCAAGCCCUCCACCAGAGCCCAGUAAGCCAGGAUGGACAGAGAGCAGGGUAAUAAAGUCAGACAACAGCAGUAAUACUGAUGUGGCCAUGGCUAGAGACCAAAGUCUUCAUGACUUCGUUAGCGCAAACAGACAAGAUGGAGGGACGUCUGAGUGCCCCGCUGCUGCGUCCCUCGCUCUCCCUCUCCCUCUCCCUCGCCCUCGCACACCCCCCCUCUCCCUCCCUCUCUCUCUCCCACUCUCUCUCCCUGUGUCCACUCUAUCCAGUGGUAGGGAGUCCCUCCACUCCCAGUGCUCCUGCUCGUCCACCUCCUCCCUGGGUUUGGAGGGGCAGAGUCCAGAAAUGUGUUCCCCUCCGAGACGACCAUCGCACGGGCUCCUCCAGGAGAAGUCCAUCCGGCGUAAGAUUAAGGUGUACUCCCCUGAGAGCCUGAGUGAUGAAAAUCUCAAUAGCCCCAGUCUGGACUCUGAGUCCCUCUUCCCAGGACCCUGUGAAGUCUUUCUGGGGGAGGAGCAGGGCUUGGUCACCCCUGCACGCCCUACAUCGCCCUUCCCAACUCGUCCAGCAGGGGGAGCAAGAGAGCCCCAGGCUGAAGCUUUCCCCAAACCAUUUGAAUUGGCUGGUCCACCUGUGGAGGACAGAGGAAGAAGAGAGAGAAUGGGCUUGGAGGACACUGUGGCUUUGGAGCAAGGUUCAGACUGGGGCUCUCUUGCUCCCCCUGUUGGAGAAGGUGAGCCCCAGGCAGAACUUUGCCCCAAACCGACUGCGCCGGCCGGUCCACCUGUGGACGACAGAGGGAGGAGGGAGAGGGUGUGCUCGGAGGACACCGCGGUUUUGGAGGGCCCGAACGUGGCCACUCCUCCGCCUCGAACCUCAGACCAGGAGCGGCGGCGCUUCUCAGCGUCGGAGCUGAUCUCCAGGCUGCAGCUCUCUCAGAGGAAGAGCUCCUUCACUCUGAAGCUGGGAAAGUCUCUCUCCGCCCGCGUGGCCUCGCGUGACCGCCAGGCACCCCGAAGCCUCAGCCCCGACCCUAAGUUCGGUUACAGACAUCGUAGCUCAGGGGGAUCCACUGACAGCGGCCCUCACAGCCCUGUGGGACCUGGGUCACCGCUGCCCUCUGGUGACAGCAGCAUGUCAUUACACCGAAGAUACCCCAGGCAAAGCAUGAGAAAAGACUCCACAGAGGAGGGUGUGUGCACUUCUCCCAAUCUCACCUGCAACAGGCGUGUGUCCCGGUUCCUUCCCAGCUCGAUGCUGUACCAGGAGUACAGCGACGUGGCUAUUAACCGAGAGAUCCAGAGGCAGCAAGGGGCGGAGCCAGGCAUAGAGGAGGCGGGGCGUGGGGGGACCACUCCCCCUGGUAAUCUAUCACCAACCAGCUCCUUCCGGUCCUCGCGGGGCUCCGCCUUCUCCUUGUGGCAGGACAUUCCUGACGUGCGCACCAGCGGGCAGCUGGACACCUUCAGCGAUGAGGAGAGGAAGCUGCAGGAGGCCAAGUUUGAGCUGGUGACCUCAGAGGCCUCCUACAUCCGCAGCCUGGCCAUCGCGGUGGAGCACUUCCUGCAGUCCCCGGAGCUGAGUGAGUGCCUGGGGGCCCAGGAGAGACAGUGGCUCUUCUCCAAGCUGCCCGACGUCAAGGAUGUCAGCGAGAGGUUCCUGCAGGACCUGGAGCAGCGGCUGGAGAAGGACAUCCUGCGUUUCGACGUGUGCGACAUCGUCCUGGCGCACUGCCCCGCCCUCGGCAGGGUGUACCUGCCCUACGUCACCAACCAGGCCUAUCAGGAGCAGACCUACCAGCGCCUGCUGCAGGAGAACCCCCGUUUUCGGGCUAUUCUGGCGCGCCUGGAGGAGGACCCCAUCUGCCAGCGUCUCCCUCUCGCCUCCUUCCUGAUCCUCCCCUUCCAGAGGAUCACACGCCUCAAGAUGCUGGUGGAGAACAUCCUGAAGAGGACGGCACCCGGCUCUCGAGAUGAAGACACAGCUACUAAGGCUUUUAAUGAGCUGAAAAAGCUCAUUAAAGAAUGUAACUCCAGCGUUCAGUCAAUGAAGAGAAUGGAGGAACUCAUUCACCUCAAUAAGAAAAUCCACUUUGAGGGCAAGAUAUUUCCUCUGAUCUCCCAGUCCCGCUGGCUGGUGAAACAUGGAGAACUGCUGGAGGUUGACACCCAGACCAUGAGCAUUUCCGGGUCAAAGUUCAAGCUGCCCACCCGGCCUGUCUACCUGCACCUGUUCAAUGACUACCUCCUAUUGUCCCGGAGGAAGGACAUGUGGAAGUUCAUGGUGUUUGUGCACGCCAAGAUCGGUGAGCUGAAGGUGAAGGACCUGAGCCAGAAACUGCAGGGAAUCUCGGGGUUCAUCUUCCAUCUGCAGCUCUGUGAGGGCCCGCAGCUCAAACACCAGAUCCUGCUGAAGGCCCACACGGAGAGUGAGAAACAGAGGUGGAUCACAGCCAUGUUUCCCUCAGAAACCAAGGUCAGCGGUCAGCACAUCAGUCAGAAUGAGGAUAUCUCCCAAGUUCAGUGCAUCAAGAGCUACCAGGCCCUGGAGCAUGACGAGCUCACUCUGGAGAAGGCAGAUAUUCUUCAAGCCAAGACCAUUACAAGUGAUGGCUGGGUGGAGGGGGUGCGGCUGUCCGACGGGGAGCAGGGCUGGUUCCCCAAAACCUACGUGGAGGAGAUUGCGAGCCGCAUCGCCCGACUGCGCAACCUCCGCGAGAACAACCGCAUCAAGUGCGCCACGCAGAAGCUCGAGGAGGAGCUCCAGUAA